AACAUUAAAUAUUAGUCUUUCUUUGCCAACAUAACCCCCAACAAACCCAACAACCCAACCCUGCACCAUUCACAUAAUUAAUCUCUCUCUCCCUUUGGAAUUCAGGAUUCAAGCAGCCUGCCCCAAAUCAUCUGGAAUAACUGAAUUCUGGGAUGGAGACAUAGAGAAACGAUACAAAAUUCACCACCAAAGUCCCUCAUGGAAGACAUCCUCGGCCUUCUAAGGAUUCGCAUCAAGCGUGGUGUCAACCUCGCCGUUCGUGAUGUCAAUACCAGUGAUCCAUACGUCGUGGUUAAGAUGGGCAAGCAGAAACUCAAGACUCGUGUGAUUCAUAAGGAUAUUAAUCCUGAGUGGAAUGAAGACCUUACACUUUCCAUUACAGACCCUGUUAAGCCAUUUGUAUUGACUGUGUAUGAUCAUGACACAUUUAGCAAAGAUGACAAAAUGGGAGAUGCAGAAUUUGACCUGUCACCAUUUAUAGAAGCCUUAAAGAUGAAUUUAGAAGGUCUUCCAAGCGGCACUAUAGUCACCAGAAUACAACCAUGCAGGACAAACUGCUUGGCGGAGGAGAGUUGCAUCACUGUUAACGAUGGCAAAGUUGUCCAAGAUGUUGUCCUCAGAUUGCGACACGUGGAAUGCGGUGAGGUCGAAAUCCAAUUGCAGUGGAUUGAUCUUCCUGGUGCCAAGGGUUUAUCUGUAUCAUGAUUAUGUUAUUCAUUCAUUCACAAUAUUCCUCCGUGCAAGAGUUUUAUUUAUUUAUUCAUUUUCUUCUCAUGAUUAA